GCGAAGGAAGCAGCGGAGACCGAGGGGAGCGCGACGGCAGCACGGCGGAGAGGGGGAAAAACGGGGGAAAAACACACACACCCAAACCGAGAUAGGAGGGGAAAGAGCGGGCGAGAGAAGGAGGAAAAAGCCCUCUUGUGAAAGAAAGAAAAAAAUCAACGGGGGAGUGUUAAUGGAGAGGCGGAAGAGGGCAAUAGGCUUUAAACCGACGGGAGAGAGAAGCCUGCGAGUGCGAGAGAGAGGAGCGCAGCGCUGAGAGAGAUUUAUUUCACUCGCAGCCAGUUCGGUCACGAAAAGUGGAAAAAACCCUCGUCCUCGGUUCGGCGCGGAAGAACGAAGGAGCCGGUCGGUUUUUAAACGACAGCUGCGCGAAAAAAAAGUGAAGGAAAGAGGAGAGAAGAAGUGAGAGAGGGAGAAGAGGAAAAUGCAGGGGGGCUCAGAGCAUCACAAAGCCUGGGGAAGCUUUCAGAGCAGCCCUCGGUGCGAGGGGCUGGGAUGGGAGGCUGUGCUCUCUUAAUGCUCUCCUUGCAGCUGCGUUUCGUUUAUUGACAUUAUUCUCUGCUCUCUCUGCUUACCGGAGGAUUUUUUUUCCUCAUUUCUUACAUUGCGAGCUGGUUAGCUUGCUAGCUCCUUAUUCCUGUGGGCACACUUAUUAUUUAUUUUUUUUGCAAGCUACUUUUUCUGUUCAGUGAGCUGAAACACAGAUAUCAGAACUGAUACGAAAAAUCCAGCUGUCCACUCUGUAUUACUGUAGCCACAUUGCUCAGCUGUCCACAGAUAAUACUCUUGCAAGAAAGGUGGUGGGGGGAGGUCCGGUGCACAUCAAAAUCUGGACCUGACACUCGGUCGUCGGUCUUGAGCUGAAAUGAUUAUUUUGCACGCAUGAACUUUGGACGUUGUGUGCACGAGGACAAGUUUCAAGUGCAAAGGCGAUGGGCAGAGAUUUCUCGAUUCUGGCAAAGAUUGUAGUCAAGUCUCCGUGCAGUGGAUGAUAUUCACGGAUAGGGUGAAAUCUGCUGCAUGCAUACAUGCAAAAAUAUAGCCCUGCACGUUUUAUUGGUCACUUUGAUGCUUUGUCAAACACUACUACUAAAACCUUGAGCAGGAUUAGAGGAACACCCCUUACCGAGUGUUCAACUUGCAGUUUAGAAACAGAAAAAUCAGCAAAUCGAAGCGAAGGCUAGUAGAGGUCGCAGUCCGGGGGGGUGUUGAGUAGUAUUGUGCACGUCAUUUCCGAAGAAGCACAAAUGACUUGAUCUUGACUUGGUUGCGAGCAUUUCUGGAGGUUUGCAUGCAUUUCUUUAUGUGCACUUGAUAACAACCGUGCUCCCUUUGCACAUUUCCCAGCCAUCUAAGUGUUGUGUCUAGCUGGACAGAGUGGAAGGCUGCCUUGGAGAAAUUGCAGUGUUGAUGAGACGUUUGGGGGACCACAGUACAGAGCCCCCAAAAUCAGAGCAAAUCGUGAUGUUUGGAGGAAGCAACGCUGGCUGUUAUGGAAACCCAAUGCAAAUGGAGAAUUUCUGGAUCUUGGGCGUUUUCAUAACCAUUGCCUGAGGGAGAAAUUGAUAACCAAGAGAUUGUUUUGGCUUCCAGUUUACUGCUUAAUCUACCAUUUCAACUACAUCUCCAAUCUCCAGAGCCUCCACUUGGUCUCCAGCUAUGGCAGUGAAGAUGGAUCCAGCCUUGGAGGAGAGGUCACGGCACCAGGUCUCCGUCGCCCAUGAGGCUACAUGAGUCCACACAAAGCCCUUAAUGAACAGCUUCCAACAACGUUUCACUAUUCCCUUCGCCCAGAUUUCACUAAUACACCACCACAUCACUAAAUAUCACAAGAAGAGUGGAGAUUUCAGCCCUUAACCCAGAGCAGAAUCGAGGAGAAGAUAACGUUAACUUAUUUAUUUUCGGAUGAGACUUUUCCCUCCCACCGCCCCAGUAAGUUAAAGGGGGAGAGGAGUUCAGCUUAUCUGAUGACUUUUUAAAAAAGGGAAUAAAACUUGUAAAGACUCCCAGGACUUCGGAUAAGGGAAACUGUACUGUCCUCUGCGGGUAUCUAUGCUUUAAUAGUCAUUUGUGGAAGAAAAAUAUGGCCGAUAAUGUUUUGGACUCCGGCCCGUCUUCAGCCAAGAGGCCUAAGCUGUCUUCGCCGGCUCUCUCCUUAUCUGCGAGCGAUGGAAAUGAUUUUGGUUCACUCUUUGACCUGGAGCAUGACCUACCUGACGAGCUCAUUAACUCCUCUGACUUGGCGCUCCCUAAUGGAGGAGUGGACUUGGGCCAGCUUCCUUCAGGCAUGUCCAGCGGGGGUCAGUCAGCACUGGGUGGCCCGCUCCAGGAUGCAGCCGCCAAACACAAACAGCUUUCAGAGUUGCUAUGCUCUGGAGCCCCUGCUGCCCACUCUGCGGCUUCCGGCAGCCCUGGUAACGCAGCCUCUAUUGGGCUGAUGGGGGGCCUGAGUGGGUCCCCUGGACCUCAAGGUCUGGGGCACCCAGCUUCACAACAGCAGCAGCAGCAGCCGGGUAUGAUGGCACCUGGUGGCAUGGUGGCAGGCUUGAACAGGGGUAUGAUGGGUGGUCAGAAGGGUAACGGGCAAGCGCAAGGCAUGAUGGGAGGGCAGGUGAUGAAUGGGGCACCCAGGAUGGGUUACGCCAACGCAAAUGUUGGUGCAGCGAUGGCGGGUAAUGGCGGAGUGAUGGCUGACCCUCUACAGCAGCAGCAGCAGAUGGGGCAGACGUCACUCAGGCCCCAACAACCAGGACCAAUGAACAAGAUGAAUAUGAUGCCUGGUGCUGGUUCUGCCCCCUAUGUGGCUGGAUAUGGUCAGUGCGGGGGUCAGUCUCUUGCUCCUUCCCACCAGAACAAAGCAGCUCUCCCCAACAGCCUCACCCAGUUUAGCAUGGACAAGAAACCUCAACCUGGCCAGAACAUCCCGGGCCUCCCUGGUUCGGGUGUGGUGGGUGGUGUAUCUGGUCCGGGCGGUGCUGUAGCACCCCCUACAGCAGACCCAGAGAAGCGGAAACUGAUUCAGCAGCAGCUGGUGCUCCUGCUGCAUGCCCAUAAAUGCCAGCGGAGGGAGCAGGCCAAUGGUGAAGUUCGCCAGUGCAAUUUGCCCCACUGCAGGACCAUGAAGAAUGUUCUUAACCACAUGACCCAUUGCCAGGCUGGAAAGUCCUGCCAGGUUGCUCACUGUGCAUCCUCGAGGCAGAUCAUUUCUCACUGGAAGAACUGCACACGGCAUGAUUGUCCUGUCUGUCUGCCGCUGAAGAAUGCAGGAGACAAGAGGAACCAGCAGUCUCUGUUGGGUGGAGCUGGUAUGGCUCUAGGGGGGUCUAUAGGCGGUUCUGUCCCAGGUGGUGCCCCUGCUGCCCCCAGCCUGAACCCCCCAGGCCAGAUUGACCCGAGCUCCAUCGAGCGAGCUUAUGCCGCCCUUGGCCUCACCUACCAGGGCACACAGACGACCGGGCAGAACCCAAUACCACCCACCCCCACGCCUCCCGGGGUUGCGGGGCAGACAGGCAUGAGGCCACUUAACAGUGUGGGUGCCAACCCAAUGGGUGUUAAUGGCGGUGUUGGGGUUCAGGCCCAGAAUCAGCAGCCCAACCUCCUACCAGACAACCUACUACACCGAAGCAUCAACACACAUGGUCUGAUGAAUGAGGGAGCAGGAGUGGGGGCUUUGGGUUCUGUCCCUGUGGCCACACCUCCCUCCUCAGCGGGGGUUAGAAAAAGCUGGCAUGAAGACAUCACACAGGACCUUCGCAACCACCUCGUUCAUAAGCUUGUGCAGGCUAUCUUCCCCACUCCUGACCCUGCGGCUCUGAAGGACAGAAGGAUGGAGAACCUGGUGGCUUAUGCCCGAAAAGUAGAGGGAGACAUGUAUGAAUCCGCCAAUAGCAGGGCGGAGUACUAUCACCUGCUAGCAGAGAAAAUUUAUAAGAUCCAGAAGGAACUGGAGGAGAAGAGGAGGACGAGGCUGCAGAAACAAGGCAUUAUGGGGCAGUCAGGCAUGCCAACCAAUACACUACAGCAGCAGGGGCCACAGAAUGGCCCUCUGGCAGAUCCAUCCCUCGUUCGACCCGCUGGACCAAACCAGAUGGUCAGCAGAAUGCAGAAUCCUGCUGGUAUGAAUCAGUUUGCUCAAAUGGGAAUGCAAGGCAUGGCUCAAAGGGGGACACCUCCACUGCCCAUGGGUGCUAACCCAAAUCAGAUGAGUAUACAGGGAGCACCCCGAAUGGCUCAGCCCAACAUGGGUUCUCUGCAGUUCAUGCAGAACCAGAACCAGUUCCCUGGAGCUGGCUCUGGCCCAAUCCAGGGCAGCAUGGGACUGAAUCAGCCAGGGCCACAAGGACCACUGCCUCCGAUGUCCACUCCUCCAUUAUUGCCAGUCAGUAGUCCAGCCGUUCCGACUCCACCUGCUGUUCCGAGUUCUGGCCCACUGGGGCCUUCCCCCAACCUCCCGUCCUCCACACAACCCCCCAAUUCACACACACACUGUCCACAAACGCCUACUACACACACACAUGCUCCACCCCUGCAGCAAAAUACACCGUCUCCUGCUAGAAGCCUCACCCCCAACCCUCAUCAGACUCCGCCCCAGUUGCCUGGCAGCCACACGCCCCAGCCACACACACCAAACUCCGUCACCAUGGCCCCUCCUGCCCCGCAGCAGCAGCCAGAGAAAGUCAAUCAGAUGCAGCCGCAGACGCACGGAGGUGGAGCCUCGGGAGUUCCUCAGGUGGGGCUAGCGUCGUCUGUGCCUUCCCAGAAUGCUCUUGGGCUGAAUGCUCAUACUCCGCCAUCUCAGAAGUCAUCUCUGGAUGGGCAGGUAUCCACUCCAGCCUCGGUUAAUUUCCCUGACCCCCAGCUCACUUCUGUGGAAGGCCCGUCCUUGGCUGACCUCAAAACAGAGGUCAAACAAUCAGAGGAAGAGGAGGAGAACGAGACAGAGAGCAAAGCCUCAGCCACAGUGACGAAAAUGCAGGAGGAGAUGAAGACUGAGGAAAAACCGGAGGUGAGAGAAAACGAGAUUAAGAAGGAGGAGCCAUCUGGUGACGACUGUAAGGAGGAGCCCAUGGAGACGUCGUUAUCAGCGACGGGAGAAGAGAAGAAAUCGGAGAUGAAGACUGAACCCAAAGAGGAAGAGGAGAAACCAGCAACAACAAACAGCUCCACCACCAGUACACAGAGCAAGAAGAAAAUCUUUAAACCAGAGGAGGUCCGGCAGGCUCUGAUGCCCACUCUGGAGGCUCUGUACAGGCAGGACCCCGAGUCUCUGCCCUUCCGCCAGCCGGUGGACCCCCAGCUGCUGGGGAUACCUGUACGUAUUCGAACUAGUAACAAAACUAACCUGGACUAUUUUGACAUUGUAAAGAAUCCCAUGGAUCUUUCCACCAUAAAACGGAAGCUAGACACGGGGCAGUACCAGGAGCCGUGGCAGUACGUAGACGACGUCUGGCUCAUGUUCAAUAACGCCUGGCUCUACAACAGGAAGACCUCGCGUGUGUAUAAGUAUUGCUCAAAAUUGGCUGAAGUGUUUGAGCAGGAGAUUGACCCAGUCAUGCAGACUCUUGGCUAUUGCUGCGGAAGGAAGUUGGAGUUUUCUCCUCAAACUCUGUGCUGCUAUGGGAAACAACUAUGCACUAUCCCACGAGACGCUGCCUACUUCAGCUACCAAAACAGUUCACCCAAAUAUGGGCUUCUUGCUAACAGGUACCACUUCUGUGAGAAGUGUUUCAACGAAAUCCAGGGGGAGAACGUAUCCCUGGGCGACGAUCCGACACAGCCACAAACAUCCAUCAAUAAAGACCAGUUUCAGAAGAAGAGGAAUGAUACACUCGACCCUGAGCUAUUUGUGGAAUGUACUGAGUGUGGCCGUAAAAUGCAUCAAAUCUGUGUCCUGCACAACGAGACAAUAUGGCCAUUAGGCUUUGUGUGCGAAGGCUGUCUGAAGAUAUCCAAAAAGACGAGAAAGGAGAAUAAAUACACAGCCAAAAGGCUUCCUCAGACGAAACUGGGUAGCUUCCUGGAGACACGGGUAAAUGAGUUCCUGAAGCGGCAGAACCAUCCGGAAAGUGGCGAUGUCACCAUCCGGGUGGUGCACGUCUCUGACAAAAUGGUAGAGGUGAAGCCAGGCAUGAAGUCCAGGUUUGUGGACAGUGGUGAAAUGGCUGAGUCGUUUCCAUACCGAACAAAAGCACUGUUUGCAUUCGAGGACAUUGACGGAGCUGAUGUGUGCUUUUUUGGAAUGCACGUGCAAGAAUAUGGCUCAGAUUGCCCCCCACCUAAUCAGAGACGUGUGUAUAUAUCCUACCUGGACAGUGUGCACUUUUUCCAGCCACGUCAACUGAGGACUGGCGUUUAUCACGAGAUCCUCAUAGGUUACCUUGAGUAUGUUAAAAAACUGGGGUUCACCACUGGACAUAUCUGGGCAUGCCCACCCAGCGAAGGUGAUGAUUACAUCUUCCACUGUCAUCCUCCGGAGCAGAAGAUACCAAAACCCAAACGUCUGCAGGAGUGGUACAAGAAGAUGCUGGAUAAGGCUGUGGCUGAACGAAUUGUGCAUGACUACAAGGACAUUUUCAAGCAAGCCACUGAAGAUCGUUUGACUAGUGCAAAGGAACUGCCUUAUUUUGAGGGCGAUUUCUGGCCCAAUGUGCUGGAAGAGAGCAUUAAAGAGCUGGAGCAGGAAGAGGAGGAGAGGAAGAGAGAAGAGAAUAGCACCUCCAGCGAAAGUGUUGAUGCCACCACAGGCGAUAGCAAAAAUGCCAAGAAAAAGAACAACAAGAAAACGAGCAAGAACAAGAGCAGCUUAAGUCGAGCCAACAAGAAGAAACCAGGAAUGCCCAAUGUCUCCAACGACUUGUCCCAGAAACUGUAUGCUACCAUGGAGAAACACAAAGAGGUCUUUUUUGUCAUCCGUCUCAUUGCUGGCCCUGCUGCCAACUCCCUACCUCCUAUUGUGGAUCCAGAUCCCUUGAUGGCCUGUGACCUGAUGGACGGACGUGAUGCCUUCCUGACACUAGCACGUGACAAGCACCUGGAGUUCAGCUCUCUGCGAAGAGCCAAGUGGAGCUCCAUGUGUAUGCUGGUGGAACUGCACAACCAGAGCCAAGAUCGUUUUGUCUACACCUGCAAUGAAUGCAAACACCAUGUGGAGACACGCUUCCACUGCACUGUCUGUGAGGACUAUGACCUCUGCAUCACUUGCUACAACACUAAGGGUCAUGAGCACAAGAUGGAGAAGCUUGGUUUGGGUUUGGACGAUGAAAGCAACAACCAGGCUGCAGCGGCCACUCAGAAUCCUGGCGACUCACGUCGUCUCAGUAUCCAGCGCUGUAUCCAGUCCCUGGUACACGCCUGCCAGUGUCGCAAUGCCAACUGCUCUCUGCCAUCCUGCCAGAAGAUGAAGCGAGUGGUACAGCACACGAAGGGUUGCAAGCGCAAGACGAAUGGUGGCUGUCCUAUCUGCAAACAACUCAUUGCCUUGUGUUGCUACCACGCCAAGCACUGCCAGGAGAACAAAUGCCCUGUACCCUUCUGCCUCAACAUAAAGCACAAGCUCCGUCAGCAGCAGCUGCAACAUAGGCUCCAGCAAGCGCAGAUGCUGCGCAGGCGCAUGGCCACCAUGCAGAGGGCUGGGCAGCCUCCUUGUGGAGGUGGCCCACCUGGAGGUCUUCCAUCACCAGAUAAUGGUGCUACAGGCCGUAGCACACCAACAUCAAUGGGUACCCAACCUACCACGCCACAGACACCCACGCAGCAAAGUCUUACACCCCUCCCCCCACCUGGAAUAGGAGCUGUUCCAGGCACAAACCCUCAGCAACAACAGCAACAACAGAGUAACUUGCCUCCCCAGCUCCCUGUCCAUCAACAGUUUCAACAGUUGUCUGGUGCUCAGGGAAUGAUGACCUCGCCACAGCCACAGAUGGUUCCCCAGCAACAGGCAGGACAGUUGUCACAUCCCAGCAACUUGCCUCAGUAUGGCCCUCGACCUCCAGGCUCUUCUCCUCACUCACAGUCCCAGGGCAAACCAGGCCUUGGUCCUACAACCCCUCCACAGCAAUCUGGCAAUCCAGGAGCCGUGCCCGUUCCCCCACAAACGCAGCAGCAACCGCCUUCAGGUCCUCCUCCUGCCGCUGUGGAAAUUGCAAUGAAAAUCCAGCAAGUGGCAGAUGCCCAAAGGAAGAUGGCAAAAGUUCAAGGUCUCCUGCAAAGACAAGCCACUCAGGCCGGCAUGAUUCCACCACAUCCCCACCACCAACAACCCCAGGGGCAGAUGGGGAUGACUCAUACUGGGGUUGGCAUGGUAGGUGGGCCAGGGCUACCUCCACAGGCACAAGCUUCUGUUGCCAGGGCCCAAAUGGAGCAGCAGCAGCAGCCGCAGGGACCUCAGGGAAUGAUGGUGGGAACAGGCCCCAUGCAACAGCAGUCUGCGCCCCAAGCUAACAUGCAGGGUCAACUCCCUCCACAAGUGCAGCUGCAGCAAAGGGCCAAUCCUCAGCUUCAGCCUCCUCAGCAGCAGUGGACAGGACAGGGCAUGCCACCUCAACAGAGACCUCCAAUCAUGGGUCAACCUGGGAUGGUUGCAAUGCAGCAGCAAAUGCAGCAGUCACAACAACAGGCAGCCACACAACAGCAAAUGCCCAGUCGCAACGCCUUGAUGAAUAUGGUACAGGCAGGCCUGCAGGGCGGUGCUGCAGGGGGACCUGCGGGUGGGAGUCUCCCUCAAGGAGCCUUACAGGACCUUUUGCGAACUCUACGGUCGCCAAGUUCACCGCAGCAGCAACAGCAAGUCCUCCACAUUCUGCGCUCCAACCCACAGCUGAUGGCUGCAUUUAUAAAGCAGAGAGUUCACAAGUAUAAAGGUGGGGCCGGAGGCCCAGCUGGGCCUCAAGGAGUGCCAGGGGCCAUGAGUGGGCAGCCAGUUGGAGUCAGUGGAGGUGGGCCUCAGCCAAGCAUGCAUAUGGGACAGAGUAUGAACAUGCAAGCUCAACUGGCUCAACUCCAGCAGCAGCAGCAAAUGCAACAGCAGCAAAGGCCUAUGCUACAGCAACAGCAAGUUGCUGCAUUGCAGCAGCAGCAACAGCAAGGAAUGCCUGGGCAGGCACCUCCCAACAUGGCCAACAUGACUCCACAGUUCAGAGAGCUGCUAAUAAGGAGACAGCAACAGCAACUCCAGCUCCAACAGCAACAGCAGCAGAUGGGAAAUCAUGCUGCAUUCCAACAGCAGCAAGGCUAUAUGGGUCAGCAAGGAAACAUGCAGGUACCUCCAGUGAGCCAAGUGCCACCAGGGGCACAACCUGGGCAGCAGCAGCCCCAGCAACAGGGUUACCCAGGCAACCCUACUCAGCAACAGGCUGCAGCAGCCUUGCAGCAGAGACUGCAGCACCAACACCACUUGCAGAUGCAGCAGCAGCAGAAUGCAGGACUACAGGGGCCUGAUGGAGGCUCUGGUGCAGGUGGUCCACAGGCCCAGCCCACGCAGGGAAGGCCUCAGCCCCCCUCGUCCCCUGCACUAUUGCAGCAAGCCUUGCACCAGCGACUGCUUCAGCAGCAGCAACAGCACCUCGGUGGAGCUUCACCUGCACAGCAGAACAAUCCUAUGAGCCCGCAGCAACAACAGAUGUCACAGUCACCACACCUGCAGGGCCAACAGCAACUCUCCACAUCCCUCAGCAACCAGGUGCGUUCACCUCAGCCAUCGCCACGUCCGCAGUCACAGCCGCCACACUCCAGCCCGUCUCCACGCACCCAGCAGCCCCAGCCCUCGCCCCACCACAUUUCCCCCCAGACCCAGACAGGGUCACCACACCCCAGCCACCUUCAACAACACUUGCCAGGCAUGGCUCCGCCUCCUCCACCCCCACCACCUCCGCAGCAGCAGAAUGCUAUGGACCCUGGCGGAUUCGGUACAGAUCAGAACUCUAUGCUGCCACAACUGAGUGGCAUGGCAGGACUCCACACGACAGGAGCAAACGACAUGCUUUCCCCUAGUGGACAGGAUCUUGGUGUGAAUAUGACAUUAGACAUUAUGUAGUUAUGGAACUCAUGGACACUUGCCAGAGACAGUGUUAGCCUUUUUUAUAUUGCAGUGAUGAAUUAUUUAAUGUUUUGUCAGUAUGAACACAUUGAACUCUGACCUUCCUAUGGGAGAUACAGCAAUUAAUCAACAUAAACGUGUAUAAGAGGUGAAUGCUAAAUUAUGGCUUUUUUUCCCCCCAAAUUGUGUACAGAGAAAGGAUUAUUUCUCAGACUCAGAGAAUAUGAUGCAGGUAAUAUUUUUGGGGCUGGGUCUAGGGGAGUAUUUACCUUUUUUAAGAUAUAUUUUUAAGAUUUUAAAACUGUUAAAUUUAAAAGACCGAAUCAUUGAAUGCAAUGGGCUUUAUUUUCUAUAUAUACAUAUAUAUAUAUAUUUUUGCUCCAUGAACCAGUCUCUGUUACUAGUUUUACAGUGUGGAGUGUUACAAAUGUUAUUGAUUAUCAUUGUUUUUGUUAUUGUUAAAAUUAUUAAUUAUCCAAACAUCAUGCAUAUCUUCUUUGUCAAGUUUUUGGUUGUCUUGGUUUUGCAUUCUGUUAUUUAUUCCAGCGUUUUUUGGGGUUUUUAUUGCUCCUGGAGACUGCUACAAUUCAUAGAUUAUUUUUGUUAAUACCCGUCAAAAUGGGGAAGCCGUUCCUUUACAUCCACAGCAAGUUUAUAAGAUUGAGUAGAGUAAGAAUCAGUGUUUGGAGGAAAAGGUUUAGUGGUGCGUCCUGUUGGCCAGUGGUGGUGGGUUUUUUUUUUGUUUGUUUUUUAAUAAGUUGUGCCACUUUUGAAAUGCCUAGCCAUUCUGCCCGCAUGGGACAAACCUCCUGAAUGCACAUACCCCGUACAACCUGCUCCGCGAGUGUGUUUGCUUAUGAAUGUGUAUGGGUGCGUUUGGGUGUGCACACGCCAUGUGACACUUGCUGGGGAAAGGAGGUGUGUCUUCAUCAAAGUUUGUGUGUUGUCUGUUUAGCUGCUAUUCAUGCCAAGAUGAAUAGAUGAAUUUAGAGUUUAUCCAACAGAGAGAAUGCCACUGAUCUCGCUCUCUUCUCUCUCUCUUUUCUCUCUCUCUCUCGCUCCGUCCCCUCUGCCCUUGCUCCACUCUCAGAAAUGUCAUUGCUCUGAAAUUUGGGAGUUUAAUUUAAUUAUUUUUUACUGUACAAAGAAAACUCAAACUGUGGACUCCUUACCUUUUUUUUUUUAAUAAAAUGAAGAUAAAAUACGUCA